CCUCACCAUGCCGCGCUGUCCGCCCUGGAGGCUGCUACUGCUGCUUUCGCUGUGGGGGCCGCUGCUCCAGAGCGCGGAGACCGGCUCGGAGGGGCAGACGGCGGGGGAGCUGUACCAGCGGUGGGAACGCUACCGCAGCAGAUGCCAGGAGACGCUGGAGGCCGCGGAGCCCCCAGCAGUGGCCACCGGCUUUGUCCUCCGCCAGUGUGGCAGUGAUGGCCAAUGGGGACCUUGGAGAGACCAUUCUCAGUGUGAGGACCCAGAGAAAAAUGGGACCUUUCAGGACCAAAGGCUGAUCUUGGAGCGGCUACAGGUUGUGUACACCGUGGGCUACUCCCUGUCCCUGGCCACAUUGUUGCUAGCCCUGCUCAUCUUGAGUUUCUUCAGGCGGCUGCGCUGCACUCGCAACUACAUCCACAUCAACCUGUUCACAUCUUUCAUGCUGCGGGCAGCAGCCAUCCUCACCCGAGACUGGCUGCUACGCCUACCUGGCCCCUCCCCUGGGGACCAGGCUCCUAUCCUGUGGAACAAGGCUCUCGCCACCUGCAGAACGGCCCAGAUCGUGACCCAGUACUGCGUGGGUGCCAACUACACGUGGCUGCUGGUGGAGGGCAUCUACCUGCACAGCCUGCUGGUGCUGGUGGGAGGCUCCGAGGGGGGCCACUUCCGCGGCUACCUGCUCCUGGGCUGGGGGGCCCCCGCGCUUUUCGUCAUUCCGUGGGUGAUCGUCAGGUACCUGUACGAGAACACGCAGUGCUGGGAGCGGAACGAAGUCAAGGCCAUUUGGUGGAUCAUACGCACCCCUAUCCUCUUGUCCAUUUUGAUUAAUUUCUUCAUCUUUAUCCGCAUCCUUGGAGUCCUCGUUUCCAAGCUGAAGACGCAGCAGAUGCGCUGCCCGGACUACAGGCUGAGGCUGGCUCGCUCCACGCUGACGCUGGUGCCCCUGCUGGGCGUCCACGAAGUGGUGUUUGCUCCCGUGACAGAGGAACAAGCCCGGGGCCACCUGCGCUUUGCCAAGCUCAGCUUUGAGAUAUUCCUCAGCUCCUUCCAGGGCUUGCUGGUCAGCUUCCUCUACUGCUUCAUCAACAAGGAGGUGCAGACUGAGAUCCGCCGCGGCUGGCACCGCUGCCGCCUGCGCCGCAGCCUUGGCGAGGAGCCGCGCCAGCCCCCGGAGCGUGCCUUCCCGAUCCUGCCCCUGGGCUCCGGAAUCGGCCAGGUCGCCACUGGCCGCGCCCUGUCCUCAGGGAACCUCCCAGGGCCUGGGGAUGAGGCCAGCCGGGUCUUGGAAAGUUACUGCUAGGCAGCGGGAUUCCUGAGAUCAUUCAGUUAGCACGUAUUUAUUGAGCGCCUACU